UAUUACUAAAGUGCAACUUGUCGACAUUAGAUUUUAGGUUGUGAUGAAUUAGUGUUGCAAUCAGUAUUCGUAGGAAAUUUAUUAAAUUGGAUAGAAAUAUAUUUUAAUAUGAAAAACGUUCAAUAAUAAUAAUAAUAAAAAUAAAUGUUGGUUGCUAAGAAUAUAACGAGUAAUAUUGUAAGAAAAUGCCGGUCGCGGUUUUUCACUGCGGAAAUAAGUAACACGCUGCAACUUGAUGCUAAACACGCCAUGCCAUCAAAUGGUACUCCAGCAGAAGUGCGCCUGCAGGUUCUAGGCUGUGGAUCUAGAGCAGGAAGCACUUCUUUAAUCUUAAUCACAGAUCGUAAGAGGUACAUGUUUAAUUGUGGAGAAGGAACACAAAGAUUAACUACUGAGCAUAAAACUAAACUGGCCAAAAUAGAACGUAUAUUUAUUACGUCUGGAAUCUGGAAAAAUGUAGGUGGAUUGCCAGGAGUAAUAUUUACAAUACAAGGUUUUUCCGAUGAAAUGAAAGAUGAUUGCUAUAUCAAUGUUACAAAUAUAACUGCACCUAGAAAAACUAAACAAAUGUUACAAAUAUUGAAAGAUUCUAACAUUAUGAAAAAAUUGUACGCUACUUUUGACGAACCCGAGACAUUUAAACAGUAUGAUGAUAAUGUGAUGACUGUUUCAUGCAUACCAAUAUAUUCAAAUGUGAACGAUAUAUCUUCUAAAUGUAUCUCCGAGACAAUAAUAAAUAACAGCACAGACAAUGGUAGUAUCAUAUAUGCCAAUACCGAUGGGAAAAGAAAAACUAACGAAAUUAGAACUGAUAAAAGAAUAAAGUUAAAUACAAAUGAUCCACCUGUGUUGUGCUAUAUUUGCAAAUUAAAGGACAAGCCAGGUACUUUAUCUUUAGAAAAAUGUCUUGCUAAAGGCAUUAAGCCUGGUCCUAUCUUAGGACUUCUUAAAAAUGGGGAAAAUGUCACUUUAGAUGAUGGAACCAUCGUAAGAAACGAUGAAGUUUGUUCUCCAAAGAAAAAAGGCCCAACGUUUGUAGUUGUUGAUUGUCCGAAUGAGAAAUUCCUAGAAUCAUUUGUAAAUGAAGCUGCUUUUGUAAAACACCAAAAAAAUGCCUCUGAUGAAAAUGACAAACCAUAUUGUAUAAUACAUUUUACACCGCAGGAGAUAAUUGAUAAUCCCAAAUAUAAAGAAUGGAUGAAUAAUUUCGAUUCAAAUACUUAUCAUCUAAUAAUAAAUGAAAGCAACACUUGCUUGGGUAGCGAAGCAGUAUACAAGCAGCAACAUACGUUGAAUUUAUUAAAUCCUAAAAUAUUUCCUUUCUUGGAGUCAAAAUGUUUUCAAAAUGAAUCAACUGUAAACAAUGAGAAUCUUAAUACGGAUAAUAAUCAACGAAUACAUUAUGCUAAAACACUACAAACUAUUGAAUUUAGACCUGAAAAAAAGUUCCAUACAGACACUAAGAUCUUUAUUGAUCGAAAAAUUUAUACGAAUCAAUUAUUGGAAAUUGAGUAUUUUUCUACAAUGCUGGAAGAACUUCGCUCUAAUAUCGAUGAACAAACAAGUAUAGUACUUGAUACAGAAGAAUAUCCGAAAUUUGUGAUGUUAGGUACUGGUUCUAGUAUACCUAGUAAAGUUCGAAAUACAAGUGCUAUUUUUGUGAGAAUAAAUGAAAGUAGUAGUAUAUUAUUAGAUUGUAGUGAAGGAACAUUGUCUCAAAUAGCACGUGUUUAUGGUCUGGCUAAACUCAAUCAUAUUCUAUCUACAAUCAAGGCAAUAUAUGUUUCUCAUAUGCAUGCAGAUCAUCAUUUGGGUUUAAUAGGGAUUAUAUUAGCUAGAGCGAAAGUCACAAAAGAACCCAUUUUUUUACUAAUGCCAGACACUCUUAAAUCAUGGAUGAAUUAUUGUUAUGAACGGUAUGAUACCAUUAAAAAAUAUGUUAAAUAUAUAUCAAACGGGGAUCUUUUGGCUCACAAAGUGAUGCGACAACAUACUAUAUUGAUGAAACAAGAUCUGUGUGAGAAAUUGAACAUUAAGAAACUUGAAACUACCUUAGUAAGGCAUUGCAAUUUGUCAUAUGGAAUUGCUUUGACUUUUGAAAAUGAUAAAAAAGUCGUCUACAGCGGUGAUACCAUGCCUUGUAAUAGCAUAAUACAACUAGGUAUGAAUUGCGAUUUAUUGAUUCAUGAAGCAACUCUACAGGAUGAAUUAAUAAAGGAAGCAGAAAAGAAAAAACAUUCAACCGUAUCAGCUGCCAUUAGUGCUGGCGAGAAAAUGCAAUCAGGUUUUACUCUAUUAACGCAUUUUAGUCAAAGAAAUGCGAAAAUGCCCGUUAUUCCCGAGAAGAGUAAAUAUGACCUAAGCAAAGUUGGCAUAGCAUUUGAUUAUAUGCACUUUACUCUAUCGCAAAUGAAAGAUUUACCUAUUUUAUAUCCAUAUCUAAAAACUCUAUAUCAGGAAAAGUUGACAUUAGCGGAAGAACGUUUAUUAAAAAAAUUACAGAAUGAAUUCAGUUAAAAUAAAUAAAUUGAAUGAAUAUCCUUUUAAAGAUCCCAUAUUGUCCUUAUUAUUACUAAUAAUCUCUUUGACAUAUACAGCUGCUCGAGUAAUUUUAACUUCUCAGAUGCAACAUCAGUUUAAUAACAUACUAAUUCAAGUUUGAUAUUAUUGAAAACAUUUUUUCUUAUAACAAAGAACAAUUUGAGGAAAACAAUGUAAAAUGAAAUUAACAGUUUCCACGUCAUAAUUUUAAAGUAGAUAUCAUUUUUUCGCUAUAUACUUUAAAACCUACUGUCCAGAUUGUUGCCUAAUGGAAGGCUCAAAGUUUGGAAAGAAUUAAAGCAUAUAAUAUAUUCAUUUAUUGUAUAUGUUACACCGUGAAAGACCGAAAUUGAAUAAUGUCAAGAUUCACAUGGUUGCUUGUCAACAACACAUACAAAAUACGUAGAUGAAAUGACCGAAUAUUUGGGUUUAUUUUUAUACAUUAAUAUUUCUGACAUACAUCAUGACCAUGCACAAUAAUGAAUCUUGACAUUUUCCAAUUUCGGUUCUUCAUAUGGUAACAUAUAUAUUAAAAAAAUCAAAAGAAACCAUACUAACAGGGCUUUAUAUUAUAAAAAAAACUAUUUUCAGUCAAUAUAAAAUUGUUUAUUACAUUCGUGUGUUAAUAAUUCUUAAUAAAAUUAUUAAUUGUAUAUAUAUAUAAGAGAGAUUUUAGAGUUGGAAAUAUCGAUAGUUGCGUACAGUAGUAUUUAAAAAGAAAAAAAAAUCAAAUCCACACAGUUUUGUAAAAAUUGUACAUAAUUAAUAGCAAAAAUAGACAAAAGUUUUAUAUUGCGCAAUGCAUAGACGAUUAAAAAUACAUGCCUAUGCAAUAUAUUGAUUUGGAAUAGGUUUAAAUUGAUGACCAAUGACGAUAAGUAAGUUCUACAUGUUACUACAUUUUAUACUCAUUUUCCGCUCAAGCGUACUCAUCGAAUUUAAUUUCAAUGUAUUGUUAUAAUAUAUCGAUAUUAUACUUGUUACCUUUAAUAAAAAAUUCCAAAUGUAAUAGUUUAUUUUAAUGAAAGCUACAGAAAUUUGUGCACAAGUAAAUAGUUGCAGAAAAUCAUGGAUUGAUUAUUUUUAACACUAAUUGUUAGAGAGGAAUAUUUCUCAUGUUUCAUAUAUAUAUAUCAAAUGAAACACACAUUAUAAAUUUAUUUAUAAAACAUUAAAUAUUACUUUUGGUCAUUGUUGAUAUUAGCCUUUGAACUUACUUGAUACUUAAAUAGAUCAGUCCUUAGUUUGAGUUUAAAAAUAUGUGAAUAAAAAAAAGAAGAAAUAAUUCUUUCGAAUAUAUACCUUUUUGUUUAAUAAGAAUUGACAGAGUGUUUUAAAGCAAUAAGUAUUAUGAAUGUAAAGUAUGCGUGUAUUAAAUAAAACACAUCACAUAUUAGUGUUGCAAACAACUAUGAAAUAUUUUCUCUUUGAAAUUUGCAAUUCGAAAAAGCACUUAUCAAAAAAGGGAUAUAAUUUAGUAUUCAUAUUAUAAUAUGCUUUUGGUAGAGAACAAUAGUAGAACAAAAAUUAGUCUAUGACCAAUGUACGCGCGCGUCUAUACUCUUGUUAUAUUCCCCUUAAUUUAAAUUAUGAGUAAUCUAUGCAUAUAUGCUAUUAAAAAUGGAAAGCUUUAUUAAAGAUAUCUCAUAAAUGACCCACAAAGAACAUCCUCACUUUUAAUACACAAUUUUAUCAAAUAUCAAAUACGUAUUGUCAAUGUGUCUUGACGUAAUUCAAAUGAUUUACUUUAUGAAGCUUAUUGCGCUAUAAAUUGAUUGUAUAGUUUAUAUAAAAUGAAGCAUUGCGUAUAAAAAAGCUCGUGAUAAUGAUUGGCUCUUAAUAAUUCACAGUUAAUAUAGCUGUCAGUCUUUGAUUUAUGCAAAUUUACGAUAUCUUUUUUUGUAGCCCCAUAAAGAUAAUUCACCAUCGAUAUGUCGUAAAUUCGUUUGACGGUGAAGUUUAUAAAACUGUUCUUGGUUAAGUACAUCAUAGUAGGAACAAAGUUUUUGUUCUUACGUUCCCAGGUAAAAAAUA